ACAGGACUGAAUACUGAAGUCAUGGAGAUCAAGGCUAUGCUGAUUGGCUUCAUUUUGGCAAUAAUUGCUUUCGUGUUCCAUCUUAUCGGGUUUGCGUCACCUUACUGGAUUAAUUCAGAUAGCUUUACACGAGCCGUACAUUAUGGUCUUUGGAAAGUCUGUGGUGUCUUCUCUAGUGGUUGUGCAGAUAUUACAAACCCAGCAGAUUGGCUCAAGGCUUCACAAGCGUUUGCCGUCCUUGCAUUUAUUUGCUAUCUAGCUGCUGUUGUGUGUUCUGCUCUAAAACUGUUUGUCCUGAAAGAUAAAAAGAUUAUCUUAUUUGCUGCCAUAGGCGCAGUGUUUGUGGGAGCCUUUUGUGCUCUACUGUCCAUUGUUAUAUAUGCUGUAAAGCAGGGAGACAUAGCUAAUUCCAAUCUUUUCGACUAUCACUUUGCCUUUGCGUUUUGUAUUAUUGGGAUGCUGAUAGCAAUUGCCUCAGGAAUAUGCUUUAUUCUGGAGAUGAAGAAUUCCUAAAACAAUGUAACCUUUGAGCAACAAUAAUUGUUCUGCUACAGACUUUCAAAUGAUGAAUUGUAAUUGAGCUGCUGUUGUUUGUCUUUUGUGUGUUUCUAACUUUGCAUUGUACGAGUGUUUGAACCUUUAAGAAACAAAACUCAUUUCAAAUGAGGUGAAUUAGAACAAGGAAUCCAAGAAUUAACGUAUAGGGAAUCUAUCUUAUACAUAGCUAAACAUGUUCAGCCUUAUAUAUAAACUGAUGGAAAUUAUUAUGGGAACCCAUGUAUUAAUGGGGCUUGGACACAGAUUUGAAGUUAAUAUUUUCUCAAAUUUCCUGUAUAAUAUCGUGACUAGUAUGUUGCUCUAGCAUUUCACAUGGAAAUAUAAUAAAAGCGUUUUCAGAAACUUCUUUUAUCUGGAAAUUAUUAAAGCUACGAAUUUUGGGACUCGUUUGAUUGACACAUCUUUGCACUUUCACAAAGUAAACGUUAUCCUUAAUACUUAUGAAAAGUAGAAAUUUUAUUGUGUAAUAAUGAAAAACUUUAAGACUAUAAUCCAAAAAAUUCAGAGUAGCAAUGGUGAGAAUGCAAAACAAACUCACCACUACUGUCAGUCCGUGCUCAGUGAUGCGUGCAGAGUUUAACAAAUUGAACACACCCGGUGAAACGUAAACAUGAACAAUAACAGAGCUCAUGCCCUGUUUACAAAAACAGAUGUUAGACAUGAUGUAAAGAAGAAUGUCGUUGUCAUUUAAUUCUAAGAAUAUUCAUGUAAGUUCAAUUCAUUUAACUGGUUUUAUUUUUUGAAAGAGCAAUGGAAUUUAAAAUAAAAAUAAUGCAACUGUGUCCAGGCCCCUUUAAUGGUGAAAUUUCCUUUAUUGUCAAUGGAUUUUGAUGAAGUAUAUUUCAUUAAAUAUGUGCAUCCCAAGUGAAA